CCUCAGAGUUGUUAUAGUUUGUUAUUGUUUUGAAGACGUAAACAUAGAUUUUUUCAACUUGAUUGUUUUUCCAAACAAAAGUGGUAAUAAAAUGGAUUUUAAAUCCAAACAAGGAUCUGUAUCCUUGGAUAAAUUUAAUAAAUGUGGUGAGGUUUAUAGAUCACCAGUUAUUAGUGACAAACAAUACAUGUUUUUAUCAUGUAUUUAUUGUAAAGAUAUAUCUUGGGAAUUGGAAGACUUCAUGCAACAUCUGGAUAAUGCCCAUCAAUCCUUAGAUGAUAAUUCAUCAAAUAUAUAUAAAGAGGAGGAGCUUAACGAAGAUAAUUCAAUAAAUAAUGAAAAUAUUGCAGCAUUAACAAUUGAAACAAAUACAGUAAAAGGAAUUACAUCUAGCAUUGGUGAAAAUGAUCCUUUAGAUGAACAACAUUAUGAUUAUAGUGAUCUUUUACCGACGGCUAUCAAAGAGGAACCUUCUGAAACUAAUGAAAACGAUGGUAAUAACCUAAACACGGUUGGUAAACUUGAUAAUAAUAAUGAUGUUAAUCAAGGCAAUGAGAUUUUAGAAAUAUAUCCGUUUGAAUAUGAUGACAAUAGCAGUGAUGAAGAUUAUGAGCCAGAUAAAGUCAGCACUGAUGAUAAUGAUGAUAAUACCGAAGAAUACCUAAAUGAGGAGUCUGACCAAGAUAACGAGGAUAAUAAUGAUGACGACGAAGAUAUUGAAUUAUUGGAUGCAAAUAUUGAAGAUAAUAAGAAAACUAAUCUAAAACGUUUUACCAAAAAUCGUGAAUUUAUUAAAGCAGUUAUAAAUGCCUAUCAAAAGCAAAGUCUUUUAUGGGACAUGGAAUAUAAAACCAAGAAACGAAGUUCGCCAGAAAAACAAAGAGCACUUCAAAUUAUAUUAAAGGAAAUUAAUGAUAAAUUUGAAAUUAGUGCAACACAGCAACAAAUAGAACGUAUAAUAAAACGUCUUAAGUUGAGAUUUAUACAUUAUUCGCGUUUAAUAGAUAAGGGAGAAACGUAUAAACCUUUGUGGUUCUAUGAUUUAUUGAAAUUUUUAGAACCUCAUUUAAAGGAUAAUAAAUUGCGAAGCGGUAUUUGCAAACAAUUAAAUGAUGAACAAUUUCUUACAUUACUUAAGCUAUUUAGAGAAAAUGAAUGUUUUUGGAAUGAAAACAAUAUUUAUCAUACAUCCGUUAUAAAUAAGCAAGAAAUUUUAAAAACAAUAACCAAUGAUUUUUCAAGACUUUAUGAAUUAAAAGAUUUCAAUAUUGAUAUUAUGCAAAAUACAAUAGAGGAAAUUAUAGAAAUGGCUAGAGAGGAGAAUACGAAUAAGAUGCGUUAUAUGGCAAGUAAUAGUAAGGGACCCUAUCAAUCCACUAAUAAAUUUUACAAAGAAAUGGAAUUUUUAUUGCCACAUGUGGGUCCCUUUAAAUGUAAUUAUUGUCCAAAAACAUUUACGGAUAUUUACGCCUAUAAAUUUCAUAUAUCAAGACAUGAAGGCACCAAACCGUUCCAGUGUAUGCUAUGUCCGCGUGAAUUAACGCACAAAAAAGAAUUUGUUUGUCACUUGAGGCGACAUACGAAAGAGUGUCCUUUUCAGUGUAAUGAAUGUGAUAAAUCUUUUCCCAGCAAAAAGGAAUGGCAUCGACAUGUUAUAAAACAUGGCUCUAAACCUUAUGUCUGUGAGCUUUGCGCCGAUAGUUUCUAUACCCAACAUCAGCUAACCAAUCACAUGAAAAAUCAUAACAAUAUACGUGAUCAUGUGUGUCCUGAAUGUGGCAAAGGCUUUACACAUCGCGGAUUGCUAAGACAACAUUUGCAGACCCACAACAAAACGAAAUGUUUAUGUACUCUUUGCGAUAAUAUCUAUUCAAAUCCGCGUAGUUUACGCAAACAUUAUGUAAGAGUACACGAGUCCGGACAAGAACCCUCGGCUGCUUCUAUGGCUCAGUAUAAUUGUCAAAUAUGUAAAAUAACAUUUCCCUCUAUACAAGACGCCAAACAACAUCGGAAAGAGCAUAAACAAAGUAAUCCUGCUGAACGUAAACAUGUUUGUGAUAUAUGUGGUCAUCAUUUUGCUUAUCCCAGAAAUUUGGCCGAUCACAAAAAGACCCAUUCAAAUAUACGGGAUCAAGUAUGUGAUGUGUGUGGAAAGGCUUUUACCAAUACUAACUUAUUGAAUCAACACAAAAAUGUUCAUACGGGAGAGAAGUUUGUGUGUAAGGCUUGUGGUAAAGAUUAUGCUCACUAUCGGGGUCUAUGUCGACAUAUAACAAAAGCUCAUGGUACUAAUAUCCGGGAUUUGGAUGCCUUGUUGGAGAAGCAAAAACUGACAGCAAAUACACAGUAAUUAAACUAAUUAUAAUAGUAAGGUAUAAAAUAACUAUUUUUUUAUUUUAUAGAUUUUUUUGUAAAUUAAACUAUUCAAAUAUUUGUUAUAAAAUAUCUCUUUUAAAUUCUCUUAAAUUUAGCAGGUCCUAAAUUAACUUAGGAAAAGUUUAGGAAUUAUUACUUAUGUAUAUGAAAAGGCUUAUUUUUACAUAUAAUUUUUAAUUUUAAACACGUCCUCGUGUUUAAUAUAAAUAAAAAUAAUUUUUAAUCAUAA